UAAGGGCAGCUCAGUGAAUUGUCCUGUGCUUCUGUCACACUGUGUCUCUCUCUCCGUCUCUCAUCAAGACUGGUGAGCUAGGCAGCAUGGUUCCUCCAGGGUGGACUCUGGUAGCUGUCUUACUUUCUCUUGUCUCAGUUCUAGGCCCAGUUGGUUCUGUUUCAACCUCUGAUAUCCAUCAAAAUGUGUGUAAGACCUUUGGCAGUGGAGUCGUCCAGAUGUUCAACGGAACCGUAUUCUACGUCCACUCCACCUGUCCCUUCACGCUGACACGUUUUACUCACAACCGGGUGGACUGUGACAUCACCGUGCGUCGAGGUGAAAACGGCCUGCUGGAGUAUGUCGAGAUCAACGUCAACAAGAUCCAGACCCGGAUUCUGUACAAUGGAACCAUCUUCGUCGAGCAGAGAAUGGUGUCCCUUCCCUACGACCACACCUAUCAACAUGUGUUCCAGUACGGUACCAACACCAAGCUGAGGAGCACUGUUCUACCUCUGUCUGUCAUCUGGAGCAGUGUGGGCGUGGGCAUCGACUCUCUCUGGGUGAAACUGGAGCAGAAGCUAGUCCCUGGAAUGACUGGACUCUGUGGACGACCAGAUAUACCAGAUGACCGUCAGCAAUUGAUUGCAAAGAGUGUUCAUUCAGAGGCCGGGUGCCAGACCGUGGACUCCCUCCGCACGAAGAGCACGGUCUGUCAGACGUUCCUCUCCAACUACGUUGAAUGUCUGCAGGCUAACACAAGCAAAUACAUAAUUCUUUGUCAAGAGAAUAUUUACGGAUAUGAAAAAGAGCUUUAUGUAGGAUGUGCGUUCUACAAAGAAAUUGGCCAUCGGUGUCAGACCAGCCACGCUUGGAGGACCUUGACAAAAUGUCCUGAGUUCAGUUGCCCAGGAGAACUACACUUUGAGGAGCAGGGUGAUGCGUUUGUUCCCACCUGUUCCAACCCAGCACCGAGAACCAAUAAUCAGGACAUCACCAGCACCUGUGUCUGCCCCCAAGGGCAGGUAUUGAAUGAUCGAGCAGAGGGCCAUUACUGUGUCAGUGAGUCAGCCUGCCCGUGUGUGUACGCCGGGAGGAACUAUGCACCGAGGGAAGAACGCAGAACUAAAUGCCAGACCUGUAUGUGCUACAAUGGCAAGUGGAUAUGCUCUCAGAACAGCUGCCCUAGUAGGUGUGUGAUUGAAGGGCAGUUUGUGACCACGUUCGAUGGGAAACAGUAUACCCUUCCUGGUAAAUGCACAUACAUGGCCUCCAAGGGUUUUAAUUGGACGAUAUCCAUACAUUUUUCUGAGACGACGUCCUCCAUCCAAAACGUGUUUCUUCAGAUUUACCAGCAUACCUACAGAUUCUCUCACAACAGUGUACAGUUUGAGAAAGAGGAAAUCCAAGAGCUACAUCAGUCAGACAACGCCAUGGUGUUCUGGCAGUCAUCCAUGUAUGUCCAGGUAUUGACAUCCUUUGGCAUGAAGAUGCAAGUACAGACGUCUCCAGACCUCCAGCUCUAUAUCACUCUACCACAGAGUGAAGUAGGGGAGCCAGAAGGACUUUGUGGAAACUACAACACUGAUACCACUGAUGAUUUCACCACAAGCAGUGGUAUCGUAGAAAAUGCAGCGGAACCGUUUGCGCUGUCCUGGAGUGUAGGGGACUGUCCCGUUAACAUACCCAAAGUCUGUAUCAACACCGACAACGAAAUAUUUGCAGACGAGAAGUGUCACACCUUGAGAGACCCCGGUGGGAUUUUCGCCAAGUGCUACGAUCACGUGCCUACUGACAAUUACCACAAGGCUUGUAUCCAGAGAACGUGUACCUGUGGAACUGGGCUGCAGCAGUGUUUGUGUGUGGCCCUGGCAAAUUAUGCCAAAGCCUGUGCCAACCAGGGCAUCACAGUGGGUGACUGGAGAAGGGCCACCAACUGCACGGUACCGUGUGAGAACAAUCAGAGGUUUGACUACGAAAUGCAGGCGUGCAACAGCACCUGUCUCUCCCUAUCCCGGCCAGACCCCAGGUGUGGGGUGGAGGAUGCACCUGUGGAGGGCUGUGGCUGCCUGGAGGGCACUCAUCUGACCGGGGACACCUGUACCCCGAAGGCCCAGUGUCCAUGUCACCAUCAGGGAGGAGUCACACCACCAGGACCUGUUGCCAUCGAUGGACGACAGUGCAAAUGUGAGGAUGGAGAAUUGCUGUGCUCUGAAGAUUGUGGUUGCACCCAGGGGAAGGUUUGUGUGCAUUGCUCACAAUUUGCCAUAGAUACAGCUCAAAAAACAUGUGCCAGUCUGAGCAAACCAACAAGUGCUGUUCAGAAUUGUACAAGUGGCUGUUACUGUCCAGGGGGCCAGUUGGAAGACCAUAGGGGUGUGUGUGUGACUGUGGACCACUGCACCUGUCAGUACAGCGGCAAAGUGUUCAAAGCAGGACAGAGUGUCAAGACCAACUGUAGAACAUGCACCUGCCGCCAUGCCCAGUGGAGCUGUGUAGAUGAACCAUGCCCUGGUACAUGCCUGGUGUAUGGAAACGGACACUAUCAAACCUUUGACUCUAAAUGGUACCGCUACGAUGGGAACUGUCAGUACACAUUAGUGGAGGAUGGCUGUGGUAGGGAAGCUGGGUCGUUUUCUGUCAAAGUGGAGAGUGUCCCGUGCUGUGACGAGGCUCUGACCUGUUCCCGGACCAUCGUGUUAGACCUGCUGGGUAAUGUCACUCUGACUCUGAAUGAAAUGAAGGUGACGAGACGGCCCCAAGGGGGAUGGGCUUCUCUGGAGGCGGAGCCUCUGUACUCCACCCACACUGUGGGCCUCUACAUCAUGAUCUCAGUGCCUUCUAGAGGACUAACCCUCAUCUGGGACAAACACACCCAACUUACCGUCAUACUGGACGACCGUUGGAGGAACCGAGUGUGUGGACUUUGCGGGAACUUCGAUUCCAACGAGAUGAACGACCUGCAGAUAAGUGGGUCAUCGGUGGUGUCCAGCCCCCUCGCGUUCGGCAACAGCUGGAAGACGGCCACACCCCCCUGCUCUGACGUGACCAAUGAGGUGUUUCCGUGCCAGCGCCACUCUUACUGCUCCGCCUGGGCCGAGAGACGCUGUAUGAUCCUCAGGGGAGACACCUUUAAGGACUGCCACUUGAAGGUGGACCCAGAGCCCUACUACCAGGCCUGUGUGUUGGAGUCGUGCUCCUGUGAGUUUGAGGGGAAGUUCUUGGGUUUCUGUACGUCUGUGGCGGCCUACGCUGAGGCCUGCAGUGACCAGGACGUGUGUGUCCGCUGGAGAACGCCAGACAUGUGCCCGGUAUACUGCGACUACUACAAUGAGCAGGGCCACAGUAGCUGGCACUACGAUCCCUGUGGACAGAUCAAGACCUGUGGCAAGAACAACCUCUUCACUGGCAAACUGGAAGGCUGCUACCCGAGAUGCCCGGCAGAGGCUCCAUACUAUGAUGAGAACAGAAGGAGUUGCUCCACUUUGGACAACUGCACCUGUUAUUCCAACGAGACUACUGUUGAACCUGGUACAGUUAUCAGGAAGCCCACUGAGAAAUGCACUUGUGAACAGGGACGCAUUAACUGUGGUCCUGAACCUACAACCACAGCUACACAACCUACCACCACACCUGAACCUACAACCACAGCUACACAACCUACUACUACACCUGAACCUACAACCACAGCUACACAACCUACAACCACAGCUACACAACCAACUACAAUGAGAACUACACCUGAACCUACAACCACAGCUACACAACCUACAACCACAGCUACACAACCAACUACAAUGAGAACUACACCUGAACCUACAACAACUAUAGUGACUACUACACCUGAACCUACAACCACGGCUACACAAUCAACUACAAUGAGAACUACACCUGAAGCUACAACCACACCCAAACAACCUACAACCACAGCUACACAAUCAACUACAAUGAGAACUACACCUGAACCUACAACCACAGCUACACAACCUACAACCACAGCUACACAAUCAACUACAAUGAGAACUACACCUGAAGCUACAACCACACCCAAACAACCUACAACCACAGCUACACAAUCAACUACAAUGAGAACUACACCUGAAGCUACAACAACACCCAAACAACCUACAACCACAGCUACACAAUCAACUACAAUGAGAACUACACCUGAAGCUACAACCACACCCAAACAACCUACAACCACAGCUACACAAUCAACUACAAUGAGAACUACACCUGAAGCUACAACAACUAUACCGACUACUACACCUGAACCUACAACCACAGCUACACAAUCAACUACAAUGAGAACUACACCUGAAGCUACAACAACUAUACUGACUACUACACCUGAAGCUACAACCACACCCAAGCAACCUACAACCACAGCUACACAAUCAACUACAAUGAGAACUACACCUGAAGCUACAACAACUAUACUGACUACUACACCUGAAUAUACAACCUCACCCAAACAACCUACAACUACAUAUGAACCUACAACCACAGCUACACAAUCAACUACAAUGAGAACUACACCUGAAGCUACAACAACUAUACUGACUACUACACCUGAAUAUACAACCUCACCUAAACAACCCACAACAACAAGAACCCCACCUGAAUAUACAACCACACUAUUCCCAACGAUAGUUACAGGACCUACAAAUACUCACCAUAGUAAAGGAGCUAUGGAUUCGUUGAGUACUACAGCCGGACAAACCACUACUGCAGAAGCAACUACAGCAUACAUUGAAACUACAACUAAAUUAGCAUCAACACAACCCACAACUACAUUCUCAUAUUCUACAACCAAAUAUGUUGAACCAACAUCUACAACCGAACCAACUUCAUCACAUACUGAAAUGACAACCAACUUCUUUUAUGAAAUGACAACCGAACCAACUUCUUUUACUGAAAUGACAACCAAACCAACUCAUUUUACUGAAAUGACAACCGAACCAACUUCUUUUACUGAAAUGACAACCGAACCAACUUCUUUUACUGAAAUGACAACCAAACCAACUCAUUUUACUGAAAUGACAACCAAAGCAACAUCUGAAGGACCAUCGACUGAAGCUACAACCCUGUACACAAGUCAACAAACAACCUCCUCUACACCAUCUCCCACUACCUCUGAAUCGACAACAUCUACGGGUCCAACAACAAUGUCAACAACAAUAUCUACAGAGUCUACAACACGUACAAUUUGUGAGUGUAGAGACCUGAAGAGGAACAAGAUGUGGGUGUGUGGAGAGAAGUGGACAGAAGACUGCUUCAAUAAGAUUUGUACGGGUGGGAAGAUAGAGAUGACUUCGGUCACCUGUCCGAAUCCAGUUCGCCCCACCAUGUGCCCCAGGGGACAGAUGGUCAGUGUCUCAGACGGAUGCUGUGACUACUGGAAGUGUAAUUGUCGUUGUAACCUCUAUGGAGACCCUCACUACAUCUCCUUCCAGGGUGUGACCUUUGACUUCCUGGAUAAUUGUACAUACAUCCUGGUCAAGGAGAAAACGCUGCGUCACCAUCUGACUGUUAGCGUGGACAACUACUUCUGUAUUCCCGAGUUGGACGGCUCCUGUGCCAAAGGCAUUAUCCUGCAGUACCGGAACAACACGGCCACUGUCAGCAUCGUACCGGAUGAGUACAGGGUGAAGUCUACUCUGAACCAGAAGAACGUUGAGCCUCCCUAUGAGGAGAAUGGUAUCAGGUUUGAGACGACAGGCUAUAUGGUGUCUGUAUACAUCCCUGAGAUACGCUCACAUAUCUCUCUCACACCAUCCAACACUGUGACGGUCACCUUGGCCAUGGAGCAUUUCCUGAAUAACACCCAAGGACAAUGCGGUGUGUGCGGUGGGAGCUCUUGUGUGCGUAGAAGUGGGGAGACUGAAGCUGACAGCUGCUGUGAUAAGACCGCCUAUGACUGGAUCUAUGAGGACCCUCUGAAGCCUGAGUGUAGCGCUGCUCCCAGGGACAUCCCUUGCCAAUCUACAAACAAUACUACCAGCUGUCCUGGCAGCCCCCUCUGUGACCUUCUCCAUCACCCAGUUUUUGCAGAUUGCAGUAGACGGGUGGAUCUGAGCCAGCUUGAGAAGAACUGUAGGUUUGAUUCAUGUGGUAGGAACGACACUGCUUGUUCUCCUCUGGAGCAGGCUGCUGAGGAGUGUAAGAAAGCAGGAAUCUGUGUGAACUGGAGACAACUCACCAACGGGACCUGUGCUAUUGGGUGCCCAACAGGGAUGGCGUACAGAGAGUGCCAAGGUCAAUUGGAUGACUACUGUCACGGAGGAGUCCGUGUUCAAGGGAGAGUACAGGAGGAAGUUAAGGCUGGAUGUUUCUGUCUCAGAGGACAGUUCAGAGCUGAGGAGCACAAGACGAUCUGUGUGUCGGAGUGUCCCUACUGCAAGGGUCCACUGGGAGAACACAAGCAGCUUGGGGAGACAUGGCAGUCCAACUGCCAGGUGUGUACGUGUAGUAACCAAACCAAGACCGAGGAGUGUCAACCUAACCCCUCCCCUCCCCCGCCACCUCUCUGCAGUCAGAACUCAGUCCUGGUCACCGGCUGCUGUGGCAAACAGACUUGUGUUGAGAAGACGUGUAACUAUAAUGGAAGGACCUACAAAGUGGGAGACAGAUGGACAGAUCUUGCCCUGCCUUGUGAGUCCUAUAGCUGUACCAGAGAAGGCACUCAGACAGUGAGAAGGGUGUGUCCCCAUCAGAACUGCUCAGAGGAGGACAGAGUAUGGGACGAACAACAUUGCUGCUACACAUGUAACCAGACCUGUGCUACCAGGGUGUCUAGUGUGAACAUCACUGUAGACAACUGCACAGCAACACUACAGCUGCCCAUGUGUCAAGGCCAGUGUGGGACAGAGACAAGGUGGAUUGUUGCUCGCAGUGUUCUCCAACUGGAACAGAAGUGUGAGUGUUGCAGAGUGAGGAGUUAUGAGAGGAAGUCAAUGAAUCUGACCUGUACUGGGGGCUCCGUUAUGCCACACCUGUAUGCACGUGUUACCAGCUGCGAGUGCCAGAAGUGCAGUACAUUGCAGUAAAACAUUGCCUUGUGUUCUGAACGUACAUACAUGCACACAAACCAAAGAAAAUCUAUAUUUCAACUGUUAUUAAGAUGGUGAAAAUGUGCCAAAUCAAUGUUUUUUUCUAGAUUCUGCAACCUUCUUAUAAUACUGUCUUGGUCGGUGUGUUGAGGGUAAACUGUGCAGAGCAGCGGCUUAAUGUUUCCUUGGUGUAAUAGGUUUUUCUAUAUUGCAUAUACUCUGUUCCAGUGUAGGAAGUGGACCAUUGUGUGUAGCAUAUCGUUGAUUGCGUAUGUAUUCCAUAGAUUUCACAUAGGAAAUCUUCUAAUGAUCAACCCUGCACUUUUAGCACCUUUUCGGCUAAAUGACUGCAGCUCCAAUUUGAAAGUGAUUUUCUUAUUUUAUUGAAACGUUUAUUUCAUGAACUGUAACCACUUUGAUUUUGCUGAUUUAUUUUCAAUAAAGUUCUGAAGCCUCUA